AUGGAGGGAACAUGGACAUUUGACGGAUUUACAUUCACGCUGGAUCAUGCGCAAGCCGAUCCCUAUGCGUCUCCGAGCAAAGCUCGCGUCAAGGUGGCGCACUCCUAUGACGAAAAGCUGCAAGGAGGUGGCUGGUCGGGUGCAAAGGGCGGACAAAUCCAGGUCGACGUGCCUGGACAACAGGUGCUGGAGCGCACGGCCGUGAUAAUUGAUGAAGAAGGCGUCGAGGUGCGUCUUGCCCUUGGACUUCCAGCGCGUGGACGCAGUAUCAUGGGACGUUUAGCGGCAACACAUGUCCAUGCAGUAGAGGACCAAGAAGCUUUACGAGACCUACUUCCUCAGCAUGGUCUCGUCGCCUUUGUGCCGAAUGGGGCUCUGCUGCCCCGAGCAAGUGGUGCGUCGGACCAGCCACUGCAAGGCUGCGUACCGUUUGCAAGCCCGCCCUCUUUGCAAGUCACGCUGCCUCUGCCACACAAGGGCUCGAUCUCUGGAAUGGGACUGCGUCAAGGUCAGUUGUGUGUGUGUGUGGGUGGUGGCUUUCAUGGCAAGUCGACUUUCCUAGCCGCCCUAGCGCUGGGCGCCUACAAUCAUGUACCAGGUGAUGGACGUGAGUUCGUGUGCACAACAGAGCAAGUGGUCUCGAUUCGCUCCGAGGAUGGGCGCUCCAUUCAGCAUGUGGACAUUUCGCCCUUCAUCAAGAAUCUGCCUAAUAAAGGCAACACGACGUCAUUUUGUACAACCAAUGCAUCAGGAAGUACCUCGUGUGCUGCAUCUCUCAUGGAAGCACUUGAGAUUGAUGCAGAGCUCCUCAUCUUGGACGAAGACACUGUGGCCUCCAACUUUUUGGUGCGUGAUCGCACUAUGCAGGCGCUCGUGCCCAAUGAACCAAUUACUCCGCUUGUGGCGCAAGUGCGCUCUUUGGUGGACACCACGGGUGUUGCGUUAGUGCUAGUUUGUGGCUCGUCCAGUGCGUUUUUGCCAAAUGCGGAUACGGUGCUGCAAAUGGACUGCUAUGAGAUGAAGGACGUGACGCAAAAAGCGCAACAAUUGUGCAAGACCCUUUCAAAGGAGCAGUGGCCCGUUACUAUGACAUCGUUCCGUGCUCCCGCUCCACGGGAGCUGCAGCUACCGUUACCAGGCGGCAAGACCGCAACGCGCCAUCGGAGUGUGAUUCAUAUCGGCGAUGACGCACUGAAUCUGUAUGCAGUGCCACAGCUGGUGCAUGCCAGUCAAACGAGAGCGAUUGAGACGCUUCUCCGACGCUGGGCAGGUGCAGUGCCGCACAGUGUCAGAUUAAAGGCAUUAAUUGAUUCAGUGUCCGGUGAGUGGGACCGGCAAGGCAUGUACUACUUGCAAGAUAAGCAUCUCGACGGCUUCCUUGCGCGCCCUCGCAAGAUCGACUUGGCACAGGCUCUGAACCGAAUGAGACACGUCUCAUGGCGCACAAUAUAA